GCAAGUCUCGCGCCCGCCCGUUGUGCGCGUCCGCUCACGGAUUUCUCCUUCCAGCCGCGUCGAACCUGGGGAAACCAUGUCGAGGGUGUACAUCGGACGGCUGAGCUACCGAGCCAGAGAGAAGGACGUCGAGAAGUUCUUCAAGGGCUACGGGAAGAUACUCGAAGUCGACCUGAAAAACGGGUAUGGGUUUGUUGAAUUUGAUGACCCCCGGGAUGCAGAUGAUGCUGUGUAUGACCUGAAUGGCAAGGACUUGUGUGGGGAGAGGGUUAUUGUGGAGCACACAAAGGGACCUCGUCGAGACGGGAGCUAUGGCGGAAGGAGUGGAUAUGGGCGCGGGGGAAGAGACAGAUACGGCCCACCAACACGGACAGAUUACCGGCUCAUUGUUGAGAACCUUUCCAGCCGCUGCAGCUGGCAGGACUUGAAGGACUACAUGAGACAGGCAGGGGAGGUGACAUAUGCCGACACUAACAAGGGCCGGAGGAAUGAGGGAGUGAUCGAGUUCAGGCUCUACUCUGACAUGAAGAGGGCCCUGGAGAAGCUGGAUGGCACAGAGGUGAACGGCAGGAAAAUCCGGCUCAUUGAAGAUCGCCCGGGUGCAAGACGCCGCCGCUCUUACUCCCGCAGUCGCAGCCGAUCCAGGUCCCGCUCCAGGAGCCGCAGGUCACGCAAGAGCCGCAGCCGUAGUGAGAGCAGCAGCCGCAGCCGCUCCCGCUCCAGGGCUGCUUCCCGUUCCCGUAGCCGCUCCCGUAGCAAGAAGACUAAGAACAAGAGCAAGAAGGAGGACGAGGAGCGCAGCAACGGUGCUCACAAGGGCAAGGAGGGCCGCGGCCGCGACGAGGCGCGCAGUCGCAGCAGGAGCCGCAGCCCCAAGAGCAAAAAGAGCAAGAAAGAAGGGAAGAGGAGCCGGAAAGAGGAGUCCAGGUCCAGAUCUCGCUCUCGCUCCAGAUCUCGCUCUAGGUCAGGGGUCAAGGAUCGCUCCAGGAAAUCAGGCUCCAAGGGCCGCGAGCAGGCCAAGAGCGACGAAGAGGGGGGCGAGGCCGAGAGGGGCUCACGUUCCCGCUCCCGCAGUCCCCCUGAAGCCAAACCCAGAGCCAGGUCUAAAUCAAAGUCCAAGUCCAAAUCCCACUCCCCCUCACCUGCCAAAGCCAGCUCCCGCUCCCCAUCCGUUUCCCGCUCAGAGUCCCGCUCCAAAUCCCGCUCCCAGUCCCGUUCUCGUUCCCGUUCUCGAUCCUAGUCCUGAGUUUGGAGCGUCUCUCGUGAGCUCUUAUCCCAACGUGUCCCCCUGUUCUCCAAUUACAUUCCCCAAAUCCCACGAUCCUGUUCUGGUCUCUUUUUGUUUUUUGAUAAAUAGCUGUAGAAUACCAGGCACUCAUGCUCAUUGUGUCCUUCAUGCGCAAGCUUUUCCAGUUCAUUUGAUUUUUUUUUUCUCUACGUAUAUUUUCAGUAGAGCUGUCUUUUAUGGAGGUGUUUGUAAAAUAACAGGGUGCAAUCUCAGUUUUAUAAGUUUAAAUGGAUUGAAUUAUGCUAUAGUAUGUGUCUUAGCCUUUUUAUCACACAUGUAAAAAGCAUACUGUUCCUCUGUGGAUAGGCUGGGUAGGGGUGUUACUCUCCAACAACCCCUCGCAUUUGUGAAAUCCUUCUAUCAUUUUAUUUCGGAAUAAAGAAAUGUGUGAUCUGGA